UCGACAGCGCAUGCUGAGCGGAUCAUUCGAGGGGCAGCCAGCAAAGGAGAGGUCGAUCCUCAGCGUGCAGCAUCACAUCCGCCAGGAGCGCAGGUCACUAAGACAUGGAUCCAACAGCCAGAGGAUCAGCCGGGGCAAAUCUCUUGAAACUUUAACUCAAGAUCAUUCGAAUACAGUGCGCUACAGAAAUGCACAAAGAGAAGACAGCGAAAUAAAGAUGAUUCAGGAGAAGAAGGAGCAAGCAGAGAUGAAAAGGAAGGUGCAAGAAGAGGAGCUGCGAGAGAACCACCCAUACUUUGACAAGCCUCUCUUCAUCGUGGGGCGGGAACACAGGUUCAGAAACUUCUGCCGCGUGGUGGUUCGAGCACGCUUCAAUGCAUCCAAAACAGACCCUGUCACAGGAGCUGUGAAAAACACAAAGUACCACCAACUUUAUGAUUUGCUGGGACUUGUCACCUACCUGGACUGGGUCAUGAUCACUGUAACCAUCUGCUCUUGCAUUUCCAUGAUGUUUGAAUCCCCCUUCCGGAGAGUCAUGCAUGCACCCACUUUACAGAUCGCUGAAUAUGUGUUUGUGAUAUUCAUGAGCAUUGAGCUUAAUCUGAAGAUUAUGGCAGAUGGCUUGUUUUUCACUCCAACUGCUGUCAUCAGGGACUUUGGUGGCGUCAUGGACAUAUUUAUCUAUCUUGUGAGUUUGAUAUUUCUUUGUUGGAUGCCUCAAAAUGUGCCUGCUGAAUCAGGAGCCCAGCUACUGAUGGUUCUUCGGUGCCUAAGACCACUUCGGAUAUUCAAACUGGUACCCCAAAUGAGAAAAGUUGUUCGAGAACUUUUCAGUGGUUUCAAGGAAAUAUUUUUGGUCUCCAUUCUGUUGCUGACAUUAAUGCUUGUUUUCGCAAGCUUUGGGGUUCAGCUCUUUGCUGGAAAGUUAGCCAAGUGCAAUGACCCCAACAUUAUCAGAAGGAAAACUGUGCUUCCAACUGGGAGCAACCACACUAGCAAGAUCCUUGAGGAGGAUCUACACCAAGAGGAAAGGCCUCCCAAGCAGAAGAAGUAG